AUGCAAGAGCGCUGCGCUGAGAACGAGCAGUGGUGUACCAAUGAAGUACUGUACCGAAUCCAGGCUGAACCAAUGAGGAACGCUACCUCGAUGGCGCUCCGGGCGCUGCUACUUGUCGCUCUGCUUGCCGACGGCGCACCGGACCAAUCCCCAGGGCGCGGCGUGCGGAGACAGCCCACGCUGCUCGCGGUCGACGGGCGCGCUCUCGCGGAGAUGGGCGCACUCCGACUAUCGGGCAGCGCGGCCGCCGCAAAUGUCGGAGCCGUUUCGGAAACCGUGCGCUCCUGGUGGACGAAGGGCGGUGUGAUGGAUACGGCGGGUGGUGCCCUCCUCGCUCUCAAGGCGUACACGCUGUGGUUCUUCUUCGGCCUCCUCGCGCUGCGCCUCUCGCUCGCGCCGGGGGCCGCAGGCGAGGGCGGCGUCGAGGAGGAGGGCGAUGCGGCCGCGGUGGACGAGACGAGCCGCGAGGACGCGUCCCUCGCACGCGCGCUCGCUGCCGCUCUCUGCCGCGCCGCCGCCUUCUGCGGGGGGGCUGCCCUCGCGCUGCUCUUUGGCGCGCUGCAGCUCUCCCUGCCGGCCGUGCUGAUUCCGGCCGGGCGUUGGAUCCGGCUCCGGCGGGCGGCGGUGGCGUCGGGCGCGAUGCCUGCGGGCGCGGUGGCGUCGGGCGCGAUGCCCAGCUAUGACUUUUUGCCGAAAAUAAAAGGGAUAAAAAGCGGUAUCCGGUAA